AUGGGGAUUUGGUUAACUGAAAGAGAAGAGAUAUCUGAAGAACUUAAAAGACAUUUUUUUAGUACGAGUAGAACCACAAACCCACCUGAUCCUGCUUCAUAUUUGAAUGAUGUUAGUUCUUGUAUUACUUCUGCUGAUAAUGACAUGUUGACUGCCAUUCCUACUGCUGAAGAGGUAAGAAGGAUUGUUUUUGAUAUGAAACCAUGGACAACACCAGGUCCUGAUGGUUUCCCACCUGGUUUUUACCAGUUGAUGUGGGACACUGUUGGGCCUGAUGUUGUUAAUAUGGUUAAAGCUUUUAUUCAUUCACAUCAUGUGCUUAAACAGUUGAAUCAUAACUUUACUGCUCUAAUUCCAAAAAAUAAUAAUCCUAAAGCAUUCAUAGCAGGUAGACAAAUACAAGAUAAUAUAAUAAUUGCGCAUGAAGUCACUCACUCUAUGAAAAAAACUAAGGCCAAAGAUGGUGGAAUUGCUAUAAAACUAGAUAUGUCCAAGGCUUUUGAUAGGAUAGAGUGGAAGUUUUUGAUUGAAAAUUUGAAAAAACUUGGCUUCUCCGAUGCUUGGUGUGAAAUGAUUGAAGAGUGUAUCUCAACUGUCUCUACCUCCAUUCUUCUUAAUGGCGCUCCAGAUGACUGCUUGAUUUUCAUAAAAGCAAGAAAUAAAGAUGCGAGAAACCUUGCAGCCAUAAUAGAGCAGUUUAGCAAAUAUUCUGGACAAGCAGUAAAUUUUGAUAAAUCUGCUAUUGCUUUUAGCGUUAAAGUGCCACCUAAUGUGAAAAUUGAUUUGUCUAACAUUUUGCAAAUUAAAAGAAUGUCCUUGCAGGAAAAAUAUCUCGGUGUUCCUCUUCUCUUGCAGAAACAUAAAGCCGAAUCUUUUACUCACUUGCUGGAUAACUAUAGGGGUAAUUUAGCACCUUGGAAGUCUAAGUUCAUAGCUGCUCCAGGUAAGACAGUCCUUACCCAAACUGUUCUAGGUAGUAUGGCCAAUCACCAUUUAUCUGUUUUCCCCAUGCCAACUAGCAUAACUGCAAAGAUGGAUUCAAUUCAAAUGAAUUUUUGGUGGGGGAAACAGGAAAGUGGGGGAGGUAUAUAUCCCAAGGGUUGGAAUGACAUUGCUCUUCCGAAAGUUCUAGGUGGUUUAAAUAUGAGGAAACUUAGACAUCAGAGCCAUACAUAUAUGCAUUGA